CGGGCGUUGUCGUACGCCGCUGCCGGGCCGGGUGUCGCGGGUGAGCGCUGCAGGCCGGGGGCUCCGGCUUGGGGGUGGGACAGGCGCCCGGGAGCGGCAUCGGCGCCCCCGGGCCCGCCCUGCCUGCCUUGCCUGCCUUGCCCCUCCGAGGCGCUCGGGGCAGCGGGCGGUUUGGAAGAGCAUCAUUCUCCGACCCUGAGAAAUCUGGACUUUCAACCGUGUGCUACCAAAAGGAAUCUAAGGAAUUGAUACUUGGGGCUUCCUUGCAAUUUUUUUUUUUUGUAUUCGUACCUCUGGCUUUUUCUGUGAUUUUUAGAUCAAGAAAGACCAUGAGCACAACCCAACGAAAGCGCCGUGGAGGAGCAGUUAAUUCUAGGCAAGCUCGGAAGCGAAACAGGGUGGUGGCUUCCACCGCAGAAAUGGCUUCAGAAGCAGAGCCAAUAGAACUUGAAGAAAGUGCUGGUGAAGAAGUAGUAGAUCUCACAUGUGAAUCUUCAGAUCCUGUAGUCGUCGAUCUGACUCACAAUGAUUCUGUUGUGAUUGUUGAAGAGAAUCAACGACAAAGGAGGAAUCUUAGACUAAGAAGCCAGCGACAGUCGGACAGCUGUGUACUGAGUAGCGAUGAUGAAGAUGAAACAAGAGAUAAUGAUGUGUAUGUGACAGAUAAAGUGUCUCGAGAGCUGGGACCACUAGAAGAUGAAACUGCAAGUUCAAAGCCGUCUGGUACCGUCAGCUGUCCCAUCUGCAUGGACGGCUACUCCGAGAUUGUGCAAAGUGGACGACUGAUUGUGUCGACGAAAUGCGGCCACGUCUUCUGCAGCCAGUGCCUCCGUGAUUCCCUUAGGAAUGCCAACUCCUGCCCAACCUGCAGGAAGAAACUCACUCACAGACAAUAUCAUCCCAUUUAUAUAUGAGUUCUUUUGUUUCUCAGGACAGACUCAACUAGAUUUUGGGAGAAAAUGUCAUGUUUUCAGUGCUCUGAAGACUUAAAGAACAGCAGGUUGUGCACACAUCCAAAUAAAACUGAUUUUUUUGGAGAAUAACUUGUACAUACAUAGGCAGCUUUUUUAUGGUGCAAGCUGCUUCUUGUUAUGUCCCUGGUUAAAAUGUUAAAUUUAGGACUGUCUUUAAACUAGACCAGCAGCCUAUGUCAGAAAAGAAGCAGUUAGUCCAUUUCCUUCUACUUUUUUAAUGCUUAAAUAAGAGGGGUCUGAAUAUUUUGUUGUUUCUUACUCUUUAAAUUAUUCCCAGCAUUCCAUGUGGAUAUGGAACAGUUACCUUUCAAAAUAUAGAUGAACAAUCUGCCAUUUCCUUACACUUUUGGUUUUAUCCUGUAAGAAGCUCAUGGCAAUAUUGCUUUGUGCUCUGCCAUCUUUGCCCAAGUAGAGUAAGUUCUGUGCCGAGGGUUUGUUUUAUCAUAACUCAGUAUUGAAGUUGACAACCAGGGUAAUGCAAUAAACUAACCUGCUGUUAACCAGCAAUCAGGUUUUUUAAGCAGAAGGCUUGAACAUGUAGUUUUCUUUAUGAACUCCAUGAGAUCUGAUGUAGACAAAUUGCAACAUGUACAAUGUGCAAAUACUUCUUUGAAUGUUUUAACUGCCAAGAAUUCCUUUAUUUGAAUCACAACACUGAAUUUCUUUCCUAAGGUGAUGAGAUGGUCUCUUGGGUUAACUGUUCUAUUGCGCUCUCUCCUGAUAACUAAGGAGAAUAUCAUCUUCUCUAGGCUUGCUAGUGGUGAAUAAGAAGCAAAUUGUGUGCUUUCCUCUUGUCAGCUGAAUACCAAACUACCUACAGAUCUUCUUACUGUAUCAAGUGUACCCAGCAUAAUGCUUAAAGUUCUGUACGUUCCCUUCGCUGUUCCCUUCAGUUGUUUUACUGACACCUGAGUGGUUGUAGCCUGGUGCACAGGACUAACAAACAAUUGUGCUGCCGUGGAUUUAGGAAGUGGGGGCUUUAAAAGAUGGUUGGUAGCAAUCUUGGCUUGGCAGCUUUGUGAGAGAGAAUUUUCAUUUCCCCUUGCCCUGAGGGUUGUCAAGCUUGCUUUAAAUGUGUGGUUUUUAAAAGAAGUCAGAUUCAUGUCUAGGAGAAAGCAUUCCUCUGUUGAAGUAAGGCAGGAAUACGCAGGUUUACGCACUGUUAUCCCGUCACUUUUGUGGUACAAAUGUCUGCUUUAAACCUGUUACAGCUGAACUCUGCAAGCUGAUGUGGAAUCCCAGAUGAGCUAAUAAAAAAGGAUUAUAGUAAGUAAAAGUAGAUGAGAUUAUUAAAAUCAGUAUUUUUAUGAUCCAUAUAUGCAGUAGUUGUGUCUAUGAAGGUUGAAAUUUGGUCAAUUAAAAAUAAAAAAAGUCAAACUUCAAACACCUUUUGGCAGUUGGUCAAUUAUGAAAGCGCAGCACAACUAUAGGACACAUUUAGUUAAUGUUGGUAUCUGAUGUGUCUUUCUAAACUAUCAUAGGCAUCUGUAGGAAGCCUUUUAAAGCAGCUCUUCUAAUUAGCUGUCUCAAGUUGUGUAUUGAAGAUUGCAACCCAAAAGCGAAGUGUGUUUUAUUAGGAUGUUUAGGGGUGUUUCUGGAUGUAGCAAUACAGAGGCUUGUUCCAUAAAGGUGAGCUGAAGAAACACAGUUUCUUCCCCACCCUGGUUCGGGGUAGCUUUGGUUCAGCCCUGUUACCAGGAAUGUGCAGUUUCUGCAUUGUGGCAAUAUGGUAACUACUAAAAAGUUACACACCCUUAGUUACUGUGUGCUCCCACUGGUAAUAUAAACUACAAGCAAGGACUACAGCAGCCUUAGGAUGGUGCAGUGACAACAACGGCUGGAAUUUGGGUCCCAAAAAACCAUAGAAGUGAUGAAGCAGUACUGCAGAUUGCUUGAAGCAUUAAUUGCAUCAAGAGAAGCAGCCCAACAUUAAAACUGUGAAGAUAUUUAAGGGCCACGGAAACAGCUUUCUCUCAACAGUUUAAAAACAAAACAAGGAAAUAAUGAUGGCCAUUUUCCUUGGGUACUGUCUGAGAGGGACAACAAGAAGAAGAUUUAAGGGAUUUACCUCUGGGGCUGAGGGCGAGUCACAGAUCUGUGCGUCUUUCCCCGUGCACUAGCCAUAGCCGAAAAGGACUUUGCACAACUCCCUCCAUGUAAAUACCACCUUAUAGUUUGUGUCUCAAUACAUAGAGCUCAUUAAAAUUUAGAUACCACAAACUAUAAAAUAUUUAACUUUUGUGUACUCUGUGCAGUGCCACACAUUCUGUGCAUCUCAAAGUUAAUUUUAAGUCUCAGUACAUGGAAAAAUACUAAAUUGCUUUACACACUUUUUUUAGGGAAAAAAAGAAAAGAAACCCAAAUCUAUUUGAGUUCCAGUGUUGCUUCACAUUGGCAAGUGAUAGAUAAUAUAAAGAUUUUUUUUCAUUAUGUAAAUGUCUGUCCUGUUGUAUAUAGUUGACUUUUCCCUGUAUUUAAUUGUAUUCAUGUCUGUCUGUCCCGUCUAUGUUGGACUCUGCUGGUAGGCAAACUGUUCUUUUAACAGGUGGAAAUAAAAAUAUUGAUUUGAUCCAUCAGAA